UGUUUGGGACUCGGGGAGCCUUCGGGACGCGCGUGUUGGGGUCGGGCUGUGAGAGUCGGGUGCGGCUGGCCCGGGCGGCGGGGACACGUCACAGGCCGGAAGUAACCAUGGUGCUCAAUAGUUUGGAGAAGAUGAUCCAACUCCAGAAAAACACCGCCAACAUCAGGAACAUCUGUGUUUUGGCGCAUGUCGACCAUGGAAAAACUACGCUGGCCGACUGCCUCAUAUCUAGCAACGGAAUCAUCUCCAGCCGCCUGGCAGGAAAGUUACGGUACAUGGACAGCAGAGAAGAUGAGCAGGUCCGUGGCAUCACUAUGAAAUCCAGUGCCAUUUCGCUGCACUAUGCCGAAGGCAAUGAUGAGUACCUGAUCAAUCUGAUAGACUCCCCAGGACAUGUGGACUUCUCCUCGGAGGUGUCCACAGCUGUCCGCAUUUGUGACGGGUGCAUCAUCGUGGUGGAUGCCGUGGAAGGGGUCUGUCCACAGACGCAGGCAGUUCUGCGACAAGCCUGGCUCGAGAACAUCCGUCCCGUUUUGGUGAUUAAUAAGAUAGACCGCUUGAUAGUGGAGCUGAAGUUCACCCCACUGGAGGCCUACUCUCACCUCAAGAAUAUUUUGGAGCAGAUUAAUGCACUCACAGGAACUCUUUUUACUUCUAAAGUCCUAGAAGAAAGAGCAGAGAGAGAGACUGAGUGCCAGGUGACGCCCAGCUCUGCGCAAGGCGAGCAGGUGUAUGACUGGAGCACCGGCCUGGAGGACACGGACGACUCUCACCUUUACUUCUCUCCCGAGCAGGGCAAUGUGGUGUUCACCAGCGCCAUAGAUGGGUGGGGCUUCGGAAUUGAGCAUUUUGCCAAAAUCUAUAGCCAAAAAAUUGGCAUCAAAAAGGAGGUUCUUUUGAAAACCUUGUGGGGAAAUUACUAUAUCAACAUGAAGGCUAAGAAGAUUAUGAAGGCUGACCAGGCCAAAGGGAAGAAGCCUUUGUUUGUACAGUUGAUCCUGGAAAAUAUAUGGAGCUUGUAUGAUGCUGUCUUGAAAAAAGACAAAGAAAAAAUUGAUAAAAUAGUGACUUCUUUAGGAUUAAAAAUCGGCGCACGAGAGGCACGACAUUCCGAUCCUAAAGUCCAGAUCAACGCCAUCUGCAGCCAGUGGCUUCCCAUAUCUCACGCUGUUCUCGCUAUGGUGUGUCAGAAGCUUCCUAGUCCUCUUGACAUCUCGGCCGAGAGAGUGGAGAAGCUGAUGUGUGCAGGAUCACAGACGUUUGAGUCUCUGCCGCCGGAAACGCAAGCGCUGAAAGCAGCUUUUAUGCAGUGUGGAAGUGAGGACGAUGCUCCGGUGAUUAUCUUUGUUUCCAAAAUGUUUGCAGUUGAUGCUAAGGCCCUGCCGCAGAACAAACCGAGGCCACUUACCCAAGAAGAAAUCGCUCAGAGACGUGAGCGGGCAAGACGAAGACAUGCGGAGAAGCUUGCAGCUGCCCAGGGCCAGGUGAACUUGGAGCCCAAGCAAGAUGGGAGUGUCCCCGACAGCGACACAAGCCCGAGGGCAGAGGAGCCAGAAGGUGAUGAGCAGCAGGCAGAAAGCUUGACCCCUACGCCAGGGCCCCAGGAAGAAAACAACCAGGAGUGUUUCAUUGCAUUUGCACGAGUGUUCAGUGGCGUAGCUCGAAGAGGAAAGAAAAUGUUUGUCCUGGGGCCUAAAUACAGUCCUGUUGAGUUUUUGCGACGGGUGCCCUCAGGCUUCUCCACUCCCCCCGAGGACCUGCCCCCUGUGCCCCACCUGGCCUGCUGCACUCUGGACAAGCUGUAUCUGCUGAUGGGCAGGGAACUGGAAGACCUGGAGGAAGUGCCUCCAGGAAACGUGCUCGGGAUAGGAGGCCUGCAAGACUCCGUGCUGAAGUCUGCCACGCUGUGCAGCCUGCCGUCCUGCCCACCGUUUAUACCCCUCAGCUUCGAAGCCACGCCGAUUGUGAGAGUUGCCAUUGAACCAAAACACCCAAGUGAGAUGCCUCAGCUCGUGAAAGGAAUGAAGCUGCUAAACCAGGCCGAUCCCUGCGUGCAGAUUUUAAUCCAGGAAACCGGAGAGCACGUGCUGGUGACGGCAGGGGAAGUCCACCUGCAGCGGUGCCUGGACGACUUAACAGAAAGGUUUGCAAAGAUUCAGAUCAGUGUGUCUGAGCCCAUUAUUCCAUUCAGAGAGACUAUCACAAAACCCCCCAAAGUUGACAUGGUCAAUGAAGAAAUAGGCAAACAACAAAAGGUUGCAGUCAUCCAUCAAACUAAGGAAGAUCAGAGCAGAGUCCCUGAAGGCAUCCAGGUGGACUCUGAUGGGCUGAUCACCAUGACAACCCCCAAUAAACUGGCCACUCUCAGUGUUCGAGCCAUGCCCCUCCCGGAAGAAGUCACCCAGAUUCUGGAAGAAAGCAGUGAUCUGAUCCGUGCAAUGGAGCAGCUGACAUCCUCUAUUUCUGAGGGCAAAAAUAGCGAGGCAGUGCACCAGAGAACCCAAGAGAAAAUUCUGGAAUUCAAAGGGAAGCUGGAGCAACACCUAACAGGACGGAAAUGGAGGAACAUGGUAGACCAAAUCUGGUCUUUUGGCCCCAGAAAAUGUGGGCCCAACAUCCUAGUCAAUAAAAGCGAAGACUUCGAGCACUCAGUGUGGACAGGCCCCACCAGCAAAGCUUCGAAAGAGGCCAGCAGAUUCCGAGAUUUGGGCAAUAGCAUUGUGAGCGGCUUCCAGUUAGCAACCCUGUCGGGGCCCAUGUGUGAGGAGCCCCUCAUGGGUGUGUGCUUUGUCCUGGAGAAAUGGGACCUGAGCAGACUUGAGGAACCAACUGCAAGUCACAGACAGAAUCUAGAGCCAGGAGAGCAGGCGAAAGAGGAGCAGGUGGAAGCCGAACCCACCUCCAACGGAGGUGAAGACCGAGAGCUGCACGAGGAUGACCACCCGGAGCCCUGUGAGAAGAGGACUCCCCAGAAAGGAGACUCGUCCCUCACAGACUGCUACGGGCCCUUCUCGGGCCAGCUGAUUGCCACCAUGAAGGAAGCGUGCCGCUACGCCCUGCAGGUGAAACCACAGCGCCUCAUGGCAGCCAUGUACACCUGCGACAUCAUGGCCACCAGUGACGUUCUGGGCCGGGUCUACGCCGUCCUGUCGAAGAGAGAAGGCCGAGUGCUUCAGGAAGAGAUGAAGGAGGGGACGGACAUGUUCAUCAUCAAGGCCGUGCUGCCCGUGGCCGAAAGCUUCGGCUUUGCUGAUGAAAUCCGGAAGAGGACGAGCGGCCUGGCCAGUCCGCAGCUGGUGUUCAGCCACUGGGAGAUCAUUCCCAGUGACCCCUUCUGGGUGCCAACCACCGAGGAGGAGUACCUGCACUUUGGGGAGAAGGCCGACUCGGAGAACCAGGCCCGGAAGUACAUGAAUGCGGUGCGGAAGCGGAAGGGCCUGUAUGUGGAAGAGAAGAUCGUGGAGCACGCGGAAAAGCAGAGAACGCUCAGCAAGAACAAGUAGCCGAGCCCCUGGAAGCGCACUGUGUCACAGGGGUCUGAACUCGGGACGGUCCCUCCUGCCACCUGCGCCCUGUGCGUUCCGCUCAAUAAAGCCAAUCCUUAUAAAUACCUGGAA